GUGCUUACUGAUGCUGAAAACAAGCAAACAGCAAACAGAGCUGUGAAGCUGUGGCUGAACGAUCUGGAAGAUUUGGCUUAUGAUCUUGAAGACUUGGUGGAUGAGUUGAAUACUGAAGCAUCGCUGCGCAAAAUAAGAAAAAACAAAGGCAGCAACAGUAAGGUAAAAAAGCUUAUCCCCACUUGUUGUACUAAUCUUUCUCACAGUGAUUUCAUGUUUGAGCGCGGGAUUACUUCCAAGCUAAAAGAGAUCAGUAGCCGGUUGGAAGCUCUAUCCGAACAGAUAAAAAUGCUCAAUUUGGUGGAGACUGUGAGGGGGAGGCCUUAUGAAAGAUUGCCAACAACUUCGCUUGUGGUAGAAGCGGAAGUUUAUGGAAGAGAGGAGGACAAAGAGAAAAUAAUCGAAAUCUUAUUUGAUGAUGAAUCAAAUGAUAAUUCAAUAUCUGUGAUUCCAAUUGUGGGCAUGGGAGGUGUCGGCAAAACAACUCUUGUCCAACUUGUGUACAAUGAUGAAAGAUUGAAGGACAAGUUUGAUCUGAAGGCAUGGGCUUGCGUAUCAGAUGAUUUUAAUGCUGUAAGUGUAACAAAAGCCAUUCUUGAGGAAGUUUCUUCUGGUGGAAGGUGCGAUUCUGAAAAUUUUGACAAGCUUCAGGUCAAACUAAAGGAAAACCUUUCAGACAAGAAGUUUCUAGUAGUUUUAGAUGAUAUUUGGAAUGAAAAUUAUGGAGAUUGGGACAUCCUACGCCGUCCUUUUCUUGCUGGAAAACCUGGAAGCAAAAUCAUCAUUACAACUCGACAAGAAGGAGUGGCUAAAGUCAUGUCCAAAAUUCCAGCAUACCAUCUGAAUCUGUUAUCAGAGGCCGAUGCUUUGUCAUUGUUAGCUCAACAUGCAUUUGGAUCUAAAACUUUUGACGCAUGUCCAGGUUUAAUAGAGAUUGGUAAGUCUAUGGUAAGAAGAUGUAAAUACUUGCCCCUGGCAGUAAAGGCACUUGGGGGGCUUCUUCGCAUGGCAGUUGGCCCUGAAGAAUGGGAAGAGGUGUUGAAAAGUGAGAUUUGGAUGGCUGAAGAAAAGAGUGAAAUUCUUCCUGUUCUAAAACUGAGUUAUUUUUAUCUUCCUCCGCAAUUGAAAAGAUGCUUUGCUUACUGUGCUCUCUUUCCCAAGGAUUAUGAGUUCGAAAAGUUCCAUCUAGUGCACUUGUGGAUGGCGGAAGGUCUUGUGCAAGAAUCGAAGAAAGAUAUGUUAAUUGAAGAAGUAGGUAGUCAUUAUUUUAAUGAACUGUUGGCUAGAUCUUUCUUCCAGAAAUCAAGUGCCAAUGCUUCACGUUUUGUGAUGCACGACCUCUUUAAUGAUCUAGCUAUGUCUGUUGCUGGGGAUAAAUGUUUGAGGAUGGAUGAUAAGUUGAAGGAAAAUCUUCCUAGAACGAUUUCUGAAAAGGUCCGUCACUUGUCAUUCAUGCGGCGUGAGUACGAAACUUACCAUAGAUUUAAUAUUCUUGACAAAGUACAAAAAUUGAGAACAUUUUUGCCACUAUCUGUUGAGACGUAUUAUAGCCCAGAUAGUGAAGGUUUCUUAUCCCAUAAAAUUUUGCAUCACCUAUUACCAAAAUUGUCCUGCUUAAGAGUGCUAUCGUUGAAUGGUUAUUCGAUAUAUGAUUUACCAGAUUCUAUUGGUGAUUUAAGACAUUUACGAUACCUAGGCCUGGCUCAAACGUUACUGAAGUGGUUGCCUGAAUCUAUGAGCACCCUCAUCAACUUACAAGUGUUGAUUCUAAGAGGUUGUUGUAAUCUUACCAAAUUACCUAUAAGCAUGGAAAAUCUUAUUAAUCUUCGGCAUCUGGACAUUGCUUCUACUCCUGAAUUACAUGAAAUGCCUCAGGGAAUUGCUCAACUAGCAAGUUUGCGAACAUUAACUAAGAUGACUGCAAGUAAAACUAACGGAAUGAGGUUAAAGGACUUGGGCAAUUUAUCAUUUCUACGGGGUGAUAUUUCUAUUGAGGAAUUGCAAAAUGUUGCGAAUGUUCAAGAUGCAAUGGAUGCGAACCUAUCAGAUAAACCUAGCCUUAACGAAAUAAGGUUGGCAUGGAGCGAAGACUAUGAUGAUUCCCGGAAUAAAUUUUUUGAAUUGGAGUUGCUUAAUGCAUUAAAGCCCCAUGAAAAUUUAUCAACACUUGAGAUUAAGUAUUUCGGGGGUGAAAGUUUCUCUAAUUGGAUUGGAGAUUCAGCAUUCUUUAAGUUAGCAAAGAUAAGUUUCAGUUUUUGCAAAAAUUGCACAGCUUUGCCACCAUUAGGGCAACUACCUUUGCUAAGAGACUUGAGCAUUCGUGGCAUUGAUAAAGUACAAGUGAUUGGAGCUGAAUUUUAUGGAAAUAGAGGCCAUGGAGAAUUACCUUUCCCAUCACUCAUUAGUCUGACUUUUGAGGAUAUGUCUAACUGGGAGGAAUGGCAUGGAAUAGAAGGUGUUAUCAAACUUCCUUUGCUAUGCGAAUUGAAGAUAAAAGGUUGUUCAAAGUUGGUCAGGGUUCCAGAUCUCUUACUGCCAUCCCUUCGUGAAUUAAGAGCUACAGAGUGUAAUGAGGUGGUGCUAAAUCAUAUGAAGAAUUUGGAAUCGUUAGCCAAAAUCGAAUUGAAAAAAAUUUUCGGAUUAACUUCUGUUAUCAAAGCAUUUGUACAGUUUCCUUUUACACUUGAAGAUUUUGUAGUUGACGGAUGUGACGACCUUGUGACUCUAUGGCCAAGUGAUAAUAGCAUACGAAACCUAGUUAAUCUAUGGAAAGUGUGUGUUAGAAGUUGUUCUCAGCUAUUGUCCCUUCAAGAGAUUGAUGUUCUUCCGGGUCUUAGGAGGCUUGAGAUAGAAGACUGUGACGCUCUGGAAUUGUUGCCUGAUAAAAUGACUUGUCUUGAGCGGUUGGAAAUCAGAAUGUGUCCAUCAUUAAAGAUGAUGAUGAUGCUACAGGAUUGCUGCACCUCGCUCAUUAUCCUGGGGAUUGGUCAUUGGCUGAAUUUGAAUUUGACAAAUUUGCUAGGCUCUGGCCACAGUUACCAAAGUCUCACUGAACUAGACUUAUGGUUUUGUGAUGGUCUGGAGUCGUUUCCCCAUGGAGGCUUGCCCACACCAAAUUUAAAAGUUAUUCGGAUAGCUAACUGUCAACAUCUCAAGUCCUUACCCGAUCGGAUGGAUCUACUUUCAUCCCUUUCCGAGUUGGGUGCGUAUAAUUGUGCUUCAUUAAUGGAACUCUUUCCCCAAGAGAAUAUUCCCCCAAUUCUGUCUGAGCUGGGGGUCACAAGGUGCGGGAAACUAAAGCCCCUGGGGGAGUGGGGCCUACACAAACUCACCUCUCUUAAUUCCUUUGGUUUUGGUGGAUGUCCAGAGCUGAUUUCCUUCGCUAACAAUCGUGACGAAGAACACUGUGUGCUUCCUCCAUCUCUAUUUGAGUUGAUGUUGAAUGAUCUGCCGAAUCUGGAAACCCUAUCAAAGGGCUUCCAAAAGCUCACCUCUCUUCGAUUUUUAUUCAUCGCAAAAUGCCCUAAGCUUGAGGCGUUACCUAUGGAUGACCAGCUUAAAAAGCUCUCGGUUCUUAUGAUUAAAGACUGCCCACUUCUUAAGAAACGAUGUUUGAAGAACAAAGGAGACUACUGGCCCAUCAUCGCCGACAUUCCUCAAGUGGAAAUCGAUGACCGUUCCAUCUAUAAUCCAUGUCCAUAAAUGUAAUUGCACGAGCUUAUAUUUGAUGGGUUGCUAGAAGGAGCCAAGAAGAAAGAGGAAAAAGAAGCUAAAAAGCGUAAACAACUUGCAGACGAUUUAUAUGAUUUUUUGUAUUCUUCAAAGGUUCACUGGGGAGGAAAGCUUUUUCCAGGAGAUCUUUGAUGAAGUGAUAACAGAACUAAAUGAGAAGUCAAAAGAGGAGGGGAAGCGGAAGGAGGAAAAGGC